AUGGAAAAAGAUCGCUCGUCGGAUUUUGCCUCCGCAUUCGCCUCCACCAAAUUCUGUUCAUACCCAGCCUACUCCUACCUACCGCGACCGUACUCCACCGCAUCAGCAUACAUGUCUCUCGUCUCCGCUCUCAACCACGAACCCAUGCUAUCCGCGCAACACUCCAUGACCCCUUCCUGCAGCGUCGUCCCCCCGGACGGCUCCUCCGCCUGGCCCGCUUCCGCGGCUGCAGCCGCUGCUGCGGCGGCGCAAGCGCAGUCACACGCGCCCAUGUGGGCCUCCUCGCCAUUCCACUGCCAGGCGCUUCCGCCUCCCGCACCCAACGGUUCCGCGUGCUACACGUUCCCCGGAGCCGAGCCUGCUCCGCCCAUGUUCACGUUUCCGCAGUUCCGCCUGACGAACACUCUCGCUGCGGCGCAGCUGAUGGAAGCGGGAGCUUCCGCCUCCGCCGCUGCUGCCGCCGCCGCGACCGGAUCCGACAGCAAGGGCAAGCGGUUGAACGAAAAUGCGUCAGAGGCAUUGAGCAACCCGGCUCUCGCGCUGCGACCGCGGAAAAGAGGACGAUCGUUUUCUCAGGUCAUGUACGAAGCAGCGCAGCAGCAGCAACAGCAGCAGCAGCACCAACAGCAACAGCAGCACCAACAGCUGCAGCUGCAGCAACAACAGGCUCAAAUCAUGCAGUCGCAAAUGUUCGCAGCAGCUACGCCUCUUAACGCAACGGCGGGGAGCGCGCCGCCUCCUGUCCUUGGUAUCCCUGUUCACGGUUAUAAUAUCUUCUCCUUGGUCAAACCGCUCGAGAGCACGCUACGCGCGCCGUCCGCGAGCUUGCCUCAAACUUCCGCUCUGAAACCCGCGGUGUCCUUCGCAAACGGCGCAACUGGCGGCGCCGCUAACGACGGCGGUUUGUUACAGGCUCAAGAACAGCAGGGCAGUAGCGGCGCUGUGAAACCCUCCGCGGCGGCUGCUGCUGGGGCGGAGAACGGCGGGAAGGAUGGUGAUGCUGCUUCUCCGGGUACUGCCUGUCGAUCGUCGCUGACUUCUGAAGUGUCCCCUUCUCCAGAUGCUAUCCCAGCCAUCGAUUGGAUGCUCGGGCAGAUGAAACGCUCGCUGGGUCAGCCGAAAAAAGAGUCCGCUGCAGCAGCUUCGAGCGUGGUGGCGGAGCACGGGGAUGAAACCCCUGCUGCAGCGGGUAGUGGUUCCGCGGGAAGUGGUUCCGCUUCCGCUUGGCUGCCCGUCCCCCGGUCGCACAGAUCUGCGCCUCCCCCCGAAGUUGUCAACGCAGCCGCGAAGCUUUUGGCGGGAACUGGGACGCUGCUCGACCGAACUGAAACCAAGGGCCUUGAGAAUUCCGCGAAGUCCAAAGCAUCCGCGCUAGGGUUCCGUUCAGUAACAGCGAGGGUCCCGAUGAAGGGUGUUGCAUUGAGUUUCGCAUUUGAGGCUGCUAAUGGGGCAGACAAUGGAGUGGACGCAGCAGGUGGAGAGAUGGAUGAAUUCAAGAAGCAAAGAGGAGCUCCUAAGGUUGAUCUCACGCUCAAGCUCUGA